GCUGUACGUUUACAAAUGUACUUUCGGUGAAGUGAGCUGAGCAAGAGUUGCGUUGUUCGAACAAAAUUUGGAUUAGCGCGCAUUUCGAAUAGUGAAGUGAUUCAUGUUCAGUGAUCGACUCUUUGAAUGGAAUAAUGCACAAAAUGCAGGGCUCGUGAGGAUCUGUCUGAUGAACGAUUGAGAAAUGCAAACUAAGAAUAUAAAUGUGGACCGAAUACCAGAUGCAGAUGUUAUCCAGGAAAGCAACGUGAAGUUGCCAGAGAAGAAUCUUCAACGGUUUUACACCCAUCUAGUCCAAAAUGGCUCUUCAGUUUAUCAUACACCGAAAAAAACAAUCGUUGACCAACCAGCUCCUCCUCUACCUCCUAGGUCGGCUCUCAUUUUCACUCCACUACCUGAUUCGGCCAAAUUACAGGUUGAGGUUGAUGGUUAUGGGCCAUACAAACCAGUGCCACCCCCAAAACCGCUUCCGCAGUUACCCUUGGCUUCUCAGCAGUCAGGUUCCUUCACACCGCCUCCCUACAGAAUGCCCCCAUAUCCCCUGUACAAUGAGGCAAACAUCCCUGGUGCAGCAGGCUGCGAUGGUCAACUGAGCGCUUCUCAUUCAAAUUCACAGCAGGGACUCCAGACACAUUCCAGCAAAUUUCCGAUCGAAAGGGAAGUUAUACUCUCGAGUACCGAUAAAAACUCAAAAAUACCUAUUCUACACGACUAUAAGAAGAGGACGAAAGGUGUUGUUGCUCCAGACGUACCACCCAAACAAAUGGCUGCCUGGACUCUUUCCAAUGGACAAACACUGUCGCCAGAUCAGACACACCCCAACAUGGCACAAACUUGUCACACCAGUGAUAACACCUUUUAUCGCCCAACUUACAUACCAUCACAAGAAUGUUACAAUGGCCAGACUCCUACGUCCACUGGAGCAGUACCGAGGCAGACUUGGCAAGGAGUAGAUCCUAAUAAGCCAGCUCCUAGACCCUUUGCACCAUCUGAAGAGUAUACUAAUAACAACCAAUCAGUAUCAGUUCAAAUAGAACCUAAUAACAAAGAUAAUAACCAGAAGGAAACACCGAAAUCAUCGAAAGGUAUGACAAAAACAUACCAUACGAUAAAAGACAUGAUAUCGAGUAAAUUCAAAAGUAGCAAAGACCAAGAGGAAAGAAACGAAGAAGUAGGUCUUAAUAACGUGACAGAUGAACUGAGAAAAAGUCAAAGAAAUCUUACUGAAGAGCAGAACGAAGUGAAGAGGGUCCAAGAGCAAGGAAAUUUACAAAAAUCUAAAAUCGAUUCGAUGCAGCAGCAACAAUAUAAUCAGCAUCUCAUUCAGCAACAUUUUUUGGCUCAACAGGCCCAACAUCAGUUUCAAACCAACAAUCAGCUCAAACUACAACAACAGACUAUGUAUCAGCAGCACUUAGCUCAAGCUAGAUCUCAAGAGAUGCUAGCAGGAAGAGGAGACGAGCAGCUGUACUACCAAACAUCUUAUGGUGGAAGUUCAUCCAAUCGUAUCAUGAACAGACCACAAAACUUCGUACAAAUGCAACAACAGGCUUUCAAUAAAGAUGGAAUCAAGGAUGAUAGAACCUCUCAGCUCUCUCCAGAUAGACGCAGUAUACAACAAAUUGAGAGGGAACAACAAGUCAAGACCUUCGAAGCUAGAAGGGCAGCUUCUCAGCCACAACUCCUAUUGGAUGAGAUGAAAACUGAUCUCACUGAUAGUAGACCUCAACCUCAGGCGGCUGUGUCUAGUAGAAGAGGAUCGUAUGGCAAUCUUGUAGACAUGCAGAUAUCCCCUGGUGACCCGGGUAAAGAAAGCGACGAUGGUGGUUUUCUGAGGCGGAAUAAUUCGAGAGAGAGACAACUCGCAGAUAAGAACCAUCCAAUGGAUAACUCAAAUCUAGAUUCUACUGGAAGCAGGGAGAAGGAUAGUUUGUCAGAAGUACUCCAGGGUACACCUCGCAAAAAACUGGAGGGUGAGAUUGGCAAAAUUGAGGGUGUAUAUAAUGUUGGACAAAGAACAAAACCCGAUGAUGACCAGAAGAAUGGUAAGAGGAACACGGCAAGUUCUGGUGCAAGUUCUGAUUAUGAUAAAGCUGGAGGUCAGUCAUCAUCAAAUGUUGAUUCAGGAAGGGGCAGUGCAGCAUACAGCAGUGGAAGGAGACAGACAGAUAUCAACAGCGAUAUUGGAGAAUUAGCGAGAAAUACCUACAAAGAUAUAUCAUCAGGACAUGAUUCAGAGUGGGUUGACGUUGUGGAAAAUGAACUUAGAAACAUAUUGGAGCCAAAACUGCAUGAGUUAUCCCUGCAUGCGAAUUCUAGUAACAUCGCGAAUUCCACUAUCAGUGAGAGUAUUUCCUCUAUGACUCCACCUUUACCACCCUUGUCUCCAGGAGAACAGUCGUCAGCAACUCCUACCCCCAGAAAUUCAACUAGAUUCAAGCAUAGCAGUUUACCCUACGGAAGUAAGCCAGACUAUGAAGGUUAUCAAAUGAAAUCUCAUCACAGAGAAACUUCAGGUAAUUCUAGGUGGAAUGGAAAUUCAUCCCAGAAAAAUAGGUACACGAAGAAGAUGGAUCAUAACGCAUUGUUCAGGGGAAAACCAGUUUUCGGCCUAGAUAACACGGACAUAACAUCUACCACAACGCGAUCCCUGGAUCUAGAAUCGAUGCUAGAUGGCCAAAGCGACUCAGACGAAGAUAACAUAAGUACAGCUGAUGCUAGAACUAUCAGAAAACAGCUGGAAGGCCUUGAGAGUAUGUAUUCAGAGGUGUUGAAAUUAUUAGGUGUGAAGAAGAACGUGGGAAGAUACCAGCCUUCUGAUCCCAGAUUCAGCAAAAGGAGAUAUGGCAGUAUGUCCUCACUACCUUCAAGUUCGGUCAGCAGCAGACCAAUUAGGGAUAAGAGAAAAGCCCACGAGGAUAGGAAGAAAGUUAGAGAUCUGAGAGGCAUCAACAAACGCUUCCAAAGAUUAGAAUCUCAUGUAGUAACCUUGGCAAGGUCUGUUGCGCAUUUGUCUUCAGAGAUGAGAACUCAGCAUAUAAUGAUCCAGGAAAUGGAGAAUAUUCGAGGGGAGAUAGCGGCUUUGAGAACUCAAACUAACAUGCUGAAUGUGAGAUCACAGUCGUCCUCCAGGCCUACCAACAGUUCCAAAGAUUUGCCGAAUCUGGCGAACCCGACUAGGGUCAAGAAACUCACUAAGUUUUUUGGAGAUGAGCCGCCAUUAUUGAGGAUGUUUUUGAGGAAAUUGGGCUAUGAAAAAUAUGCUAACGUCUUCGAGAAUGAACGGGUGGGAAUGGUGGAAUUGCCUUAUAUGAGUGAGGAAAGACUUCAAAAAAUGGGCGUUCCUCUAGGUCCCAGAUUGAGAAUCAUGCAAGAAGCCCAAAUUUCAGUUUGUAAAGAUAACACUUUGUGCAUAGUAUGAGAUGUUUGUAUAUUAUAUAAUUGUAUAUAUUCUCGUGUGAUUUUCUCAAAUGAUGACAAUAUGGCGGCUCAAUUGAAAGACUUCGGAUGAUAAUUUUAUAUUUAACAUUUAGGGUUAAGUUUUAAAGUGUAGCAUAGUUUCAAAUAAUUUUAUUCUCGAAUUUAUUUAUGACCUUUUAUAUCACUCAUAGACGAGUAAUUGUUAUUCAUUGAAUCGUUCAUAUAUUGCCAACCAUGCCAAAGAUAUAUCAUUUGUAUCAGUAUCACCGAAUAUUUUAAACACAUCUUUCUUUUUUAAUAUUUUACCGAUUUUUCUUCUAUGUGAGAAGAACAACAAAAAUUGAGCUGUAAGUAAUAAUAAAAUUGAACAACUUUUUAGA